CAGUCGACAUGGAGCCUCCUGACUUUGAAAGCCUGAACUUCACGCUGCCGCAGGCGGGGCUCGGUUACCCGCUCUGCAAUGCUUGGACGGACGGCUCCGAGGGCUCCGUCUUCCACCUCGGUCACAUCUUCCUCUUCCUCGGCUUCAUGGGGGGCAGCGGCAUCUACGGACUCCUCCACUUGUUCACCUGCUUGACCCUGGGUUUCUUCUGCUGCUGCCUGUGGGCAUGGUCGGACCCGUGCAGCACCGACUCGUUCCUGUGGAGUUUGGCCCUAUUCGCUGCCAGCUUGGCUCAGGUCCUGCACGUCGCUUACCGCCUCCGCGGCAUCUCCUUUGACAGAGACUUCCAGGAGCUCUACACCUGCGUGUUUAAGAAGCUCGGGGUUUCCCUGACACAGUUUAAGAAGAUCGUCACCUGCUGUGACGGACAAGUCCACAGUCUGGAGGAGGAGCACUGCUUCGCCGUCGAGGGGAAAACUGCCAUCGAGAAGCUGUCGGUGCUGCUGUCUGGCAGAGUCCGUGUGACUGUAAAUGGAGAGUUUCUCCACUAUAUCUAUCCUUUCCAGUUCCUGGAUUCUCCAGAGUGGGAUUCUCUGCGGCCAUCUGAGGAGGGUGUUUUCCAGGUCACCCUGUGUGCUGACAACCCUUGCAGAUACAUUGCAUGGAGGAGGAAGAAACUCUACCUGCUCUUUGCCAAACACCGCUACAUCGCCAGGAUCUUCGCCCUGAUUGUGCGCAAUGACAUAGCAGAGAAGUUGUACUCUCUUAAUGACAAGGCCUUUGGCAGCUGCAGUCGGCGAUAUGAUCUCCGCUUACCCAGUUACUGUCACAUGCCGGCCCCUGAAUUAGAAAAAACAGAUAUCUUCCUGCAAGUGCCGGCUCAGGGAGGUGGAGAACCCAUGACUAGAUGAGGACUACCUUGGCGAGCCCAGUUUCUUCUUCACAUGAUUAUGACAAAAACAUUCUGAGUUUGUGUCUGUCUCUCUUGAUAAGAUGUAUUUUGCGGUCUUAAGCUUCAUGACCUUUCAUAGUUGCCAGGAACAGUUAAAAGGUGGUAAAGUGUUUUGGGAUUGGUUUUGUUUUUGUUGCUGUCUACGUUAAUUAUGUUAUGUAUAUAUAAAGUUAGAAUGUAAUGAAACGUCAACAUCAACGUAACAACAUAAUAGUGUGUGCACUGUGUUCAGUGACAAAUAUAUAGGCAAAAAAGUGACUAAUAAGAGUAGAUUUAAUUAGAUUUAAUUUCAUGUAAUUUGCCAGAUGAAUUAAAUUAAGAUAUGAAAUAAUUCAAUAAAUAAGGAUAUGAAAGAUGCUGCCUUAUUUAAUUGGCAUUAAAGUUGUAUAAAAGCUUUCUGUAAUUCAUGAUCUAUAAGCAGGUUCUGUAAUAUAGUUAAUUAACAUCUAUAAGGCCAAAGUCUGCCUGAUUCUAUUAGUCAAGGUCUGCUACAAAAUUACUGCUUAGUACCACCUUAUUAUACAGUUUAGGUUGCAUCACAUCAACCAACUGUGUUUUUUAGUUCUGUCACUCGGGAGAGACUCGGAGUAGAGCUGCCACUUCACCACAUUGAGAGGAGUCAGUUGAGGUGGUUCGGGCAUCUCAUGAGGACGCUCCCCUUGGAGGUGUUUCAGGCAUGGCCAACUGGGAUGAGACCAAGGGAUCAACCCAGGACCAAGUGGAUCUCUUCACUGGCCUGGAAGCGUCUCAACAUUCCCCAGUCAGAGCUGGUGUCUGGGACCGUGUCCUUUGAAGCUGCUGACCCUAGGCCAUAGCAACGGAUAAGCGGUUGAGGUUGGCUGAAUGGCUAUAAAAUGUGGUGUAAUUGAAGUCCCAAGAAUAAUUGGCAUUGUUUUAUUCAAGAUAAUGAUGUAGUUUGAUGCGCUUUGCAAAGUAAUGUGAAACAUUUAUAUGUAGAGUUGUUCAUUUUUUACUUUGUAUGAGUCACUUCGUUGAAGCUGGUCAAGACUGUUAGCCAACUGUGUCAAAAGGAUUUCAAGGAACUGAUAAAUGUGUUGUAAAGAA